GUUUUAUACAUAGUUCUCUAGGCCCGAGAAGUUUAGCAUCGUAAGCUUUCUGUUGCCAACACUGGGAAUGUGAUGAAAGCGUUCGGUAGGCUGGAAGGGAUUCAGAUGCAGUAAGCUUGAAUUCAGUUGCACAAUUAUCUCAAGGACUUUGUGAUCUAGUCAAGCAAGGUAACUUGAGAAUGACCUAGUUUGUGAGAAAGUCAGUAUGGAUUUCAAGAAGGUUGAAAGAAGUUAUUAUAGUACUCCAAAUGGGUAUCGCUUGGCCACUUUUGAUGAAGUCAAGAAUGGGCUGCCAAUGAUUAAAGAGCAAAAUAUUUUAAACAAAUGGGAUAGAGUGCGUCUAUUGGAUGGUUGGAUAACUGGUCCAGGCUAUAAUUUUGAAAUGGGAAAUGACUUCAAAGGAUGUUUGGGAUACAUGUUGCUUAUUCAAAUCAAAGAAUCUGAAGUGUUUCCAGGUGGCACAUACGCUAAUGUUCAUCUCACCGAACGAGGAAAAGAAGUGGCAUUAUUUUUGUGCGUAGAUGAUUGGAAUUAUGAAGUAGUUUACUGGUUGCUAAACUCUUGGUCGAAUUCUGAGACCAUGAACAUUGGGGAAGUGAUAGAGGGAAACAUAUUACUCGGUGAUGUCAAUUUUUUUGAAGAGAAGAACAAAAUAAUGGGUCAUGUAGCCAGAAGACUUGGGGAAGAGGGAGGUGCUGCGCUUCAGAAGGCAGGAAAGACGAAGUAUUCUGGCAAAGAUUCAGUCAAAGAAGUGCUAUCUGGCAUGAUCAAAAUUGUUACAGAAUAUUAUGCCACCAUGGAAGUCAUGGGUUGCGGCAUAUGGAGGAUGUUUGCACUGUUUGAAGCUGAAGAAUUUUGUCUUCCGGAUUCUGUAAGGAAGGGAGACGUUGCAGAGCCAUUCUGGAGUUUUGUGUGCGACAGCUUUGCGGGCUAUGUUGUAGAAGUUUUUGCUCUUACAAGCCUUCUAGAAAUAAGUAAGAUGAAGAUAAAAAGCCCCUGCCCGAAGGAUUUGAUGACCGCCACUUCCAUUCUCUUGUAUCUCUCGGAUUUUCGAUCCGAUAUCAUACAUGAACCACUCGCGCAUCAUUGUCAGGACAACUGUGCAGGAAAGAUUCUGAGACAUGCUGCCGAGAAGGCAGUCGGUGUCCCACAAACUUUUAACAGCAUGUUACGACAUAACCCAAUGUGGAGGUGCUAUGAUGCCACGGGUAAUUAUGGUGUUCUCAGCAAGCUUCUAUUCAUUGUAGCGAAGGGUGAGUAUACUCAUAUCGAACAAGUAAAAAAUAUGGCUGGUACCGUUGUAGAGAUGCUAUUGCAAUGCGGCGCCCAGCCUGGACGACGCUAUGCAAUUGGUAAGUACAAAGCCAAAACGGCCUUACACUUAGUUACGAAAAUUCGCGACAAAGAUGUGGGGACAAAGAUUACACAAGCUUUGCUAGACAGGUGUGAUGAACAAAGUAUAUCUGAGUUAGUGAAUGCGGCAGACGAUAGAGGUAGGAGUGCUCUUCACAGCGCUUCAGAGAAAGGAGGUGCACAUAUCUGUGGACUGCUUGUCGGUGGCGGCGCUUCAGUGACUGCUCAAGACAAAAAGGGUAUGACAGCCCUGCACUAUGCAUUUGAAGGAGAGUUUGAUGAAGUUAUAGAUGUGUUACUGGAGAGUCCGCGUGUCAGUGAAUCACUUGAUUUAAAAGACAAUAGAGGAUACACACCUUUAGAUAUAGCUGUUGAGAAGAAGAAAUAUGAGUCAAUAGCAGAAUUGUUAUCAAAGUCAGAAGAGUCAAAAACUUAUUUUAAUAAAGUGGAUCCGGCACAAUUCCUAUGUACCUCUUUACAACUUGGUUAUGUGCGUAUCGCUGACAGGCUGUUUAAAAAUGGAGUAAGGCUGCCAUAUGGUGAUCGUGAUCAAGAAGGCAAAACAGCUCUGCAUUUGGCUGCUAUGUGUGACAAUGAGUCUAAUGCAAUGGAAAUUAUUUCCUUAUUAAUUGAACGAGCAACUCCAGAUUCAGAAAACAUGGUGGCCAAGCGCGACAACAGAGGGAGGACUGCCCUCCAUGAGGCAGCUUUGAAUGGACAUGCAGAGCUCUGUCAAGGUCUUCUCGAAUUAAAUCCAGAACUAAUAUAUAUCAAAGAUAGAGAUGGCCGAAACCCAUUAUAUGAUGUAGUUAAAGGAGAGUACAAGGACAGAAAAUCAAUAUAUCCUGCCUAUAACGAGAAUUACAAGCUAAGCCUGUCUAUGAAAUUGUUGGAUGCAUAUUUGGAGAAAGAUGUGUCUGGAGAUGAUUUGAUGGACAGCAGCGGUCGAACCCUGUUGCAUAUUGCUGCUUCACAAGGCAAAGCCGAGUUUGUUGAAGAGCUUCUUUCCAGGGAUAAAAUCAAAACAAAACUUUUGAGCAGAGCAGAUAUCCGCGCACAAACGCCCCUCCAUAUGGCAGUAAAACGUGGAGAAAAGGAUAUAGUGAAAAUUCUGUUGGACCAUGGUGCACACCCUCUCAGAGAACGCGACUGCGAUGGCAGAACCGCUCUUCAUUAUGCAGUGCAAGCGAAAGCUGAAGACAAAAGGGAAUUGGCCCCCGAGCACAAAAAGGAAUUGGCCCUUGACCUUCUUGAGGCAUGUAAAUCAGACGAAGAGAAAUCGCUCCUAUUAUGGGCCUCUGCAGCAGGCUUCGGCACUGCUGACCAAUAUCCAAGCAAAGAAAAUGAUCCGCUUCACAAAUUUCUUGUAGAUGAAAAGAACAAGCUUAAAGAAGACGAGUCGUUAAAUAGGAAAUAUAAGGGCAAUUUGUUGAAAAUGGCUGCUUCUCUUGGACAGAUUGACAUGACAAAAGAACUGAUUAGCAGAGGUUAUCAAAUAGGGGACAUUCGCGAUCCGGAAUGGACGCCAGAAAACCAAGAGGAGGUAAAGAAAGUUUUAAGACAAAUUGAAACAAUCAAAGAACAAGGAAAUGACAAACCAGCUAUAACAGACGCUCUUGGAAGAUUUGACUAUGCACAAGGUCUUGCUGCAUUGUUUUUGAAUCCUUACAUAAAGCCUCCCAUAGCUGUCGGUAUCACUGGCUCUUGGGGUAUGGGUAAAUCUAGCCUUAUGCUCCAGACUCAACGCAUUUUGCUAACAACAGCAGCUCAAAUGGCAUUGUUUCAAUCCUCAAAGUUAUCAAGCUCGGAGUUAGAAUUACCUGAUAUUAAACCGUGUGAAUUAUCAACAAAGGCGAAAAGGAAAUGUAAACACAUAUACAGACAAAUAAAGUGUGAAGAACGAGUUAAUAAAAACAGAUUUCUAGUUUUGUGGGAUAAUAUUAGAUGGAAGCUAAAGCAUAUUAGUGUAGAGGAAGUUAAGAAAGAGCUGGAUAAAAUUCUGAACGAGUAUGACCUUAAGUACCUAAAGGUUAUUAAAGCACUCGCUGCUAUGAACAGUAGUGACAUGUUGAAAACCAACGCGUCACGUCCAAAAGCAGAUCCUCCAGCAGAGGAAAAUGUGCCAGCAGUUUUAACUGUUCAGUAUAAUGCAUGGAAAUAUAAGGAUGAUACAGAAGCUUUGGCAGGUAUAGCAGUUGAGAUUACCAAAGAAUUGGAAGGAAUUAUGACCCAGGAUCAAUGGCUCAGCACCUGCUGGCGAAAUACGUGGGAAAAGAAGAAAUAUUCUCUAUGGAUUGAAAUUUUCUUUCCCUCUCUCCUUGCAUUGGUUUUGGUAAGUUCGUUUACUUGGAUACUAUGGGUGGUUUUGGACGGUGACAAAUUAAAGGGAUGGGUAAAAGCAAAAUAUGCAUGGCCGCCAGCAGCCGUAGUAAUAAUUGUGUGGACUCUAACAAAGUCAAUAAUGGGCGUUUUAAAGCCCGUUAGUACUCAGUUAAUGCAGUAUAUAUCAUUCCCAGAUCAUGCCGAUAAACUGGGAUAUCAGGAACAGGUGAUCCCAGAUAUUUCUUUCUUGAAAGAUGAAAUUGGCAAAACAGCCUCUUGGGUAUUUGUUGUAUUGUCUUGGGUGUUUGCCGUCUUUUCUUGGGUCUUCACCAUCAUCAAAGUGAUAUGCGGUCUAAUUACUGGAUGGUACAUAAUAUCACUACCAUUCCAUCAUCGAAGCCAUGAAAAGGUCAUAGAAGCUCCAAAGCUAACCCCUGCAUCAGGAAGCAAUCUUCGAAUAAUUGUUUUUGUGGACGAUUUGGAUAGAUGCCAGGAAUCUGUGAUCUUAAAGGUUUUAUCAGCUGUUAAUCUUGUACUAGCAGAGUGCAAUAUCAAUGUGGUAAUAGGAAUGGACAAAAGAUUGAUAGAAAGAGCAAUAAUAAAGAAAUUUGAGGAUGCAAAUGCUAAAGAUAACCAGGAAUUGGCAGACAUGUAUUUACAAAAAAUCAUACAAGUGCCAGUGGAUCUUCCCGACCCUAGCGAUGAAGAAUCAAGCAGGUUUUUAAAAGGACAAUUGGGUGUAUCAGAAAAUGAAAAUAAAACUUCUAUAGAGGAUAAUGGGAGCUCAACUAAUGGUGACGAGGAAAGAGAAGAUGUCCCAGAUAAUAGGAGCUCAACCACUAGUGCCGAGGAACAAGAAGCUGUAGAACAAAACAGUGAAGCACAAGACCACACUGCUAUAAGCGUGCAAAGUCCAUCGGAAACAGCAGACAUGAGAUAUGCGACAGGGCAAGAAAAACCCACUUCAUAUACUCUUGUCAGAGAGAUGUUAUUCGUAAGGUAUAGCAGAGGAGAGGAGAAUGCCUUUCUGUACUUUCAAAGGUUGGCUACAGACUGCAGAAAACAUCCUCGCGAGUGGAAGCGCCUUCUCAAUUAUCACAGAUUGGUCUGGUACAUUUUCUCUGUAAAUGAAAAAGCAAAGAAUUUUUAUGGAUGGCAAGUAGAGUUGAUCACCUGGAUAUUUAUGUGUUGGGAAUGGCAGGAAUUCAUGAAUCUUGUCAUAAAGAAAUGGAAAGAAAUUGGUGAUCUUAAAAUGAAUGCACCAUCACUGCUAAUGAUCGUCGAGCAUUUAAUGGAAGAACGUGAGAGAGAGAACAUGAAGGUGACUAGCCAUGAUGAAAAUGGCAAAGGGAAGAUUGUGAAAACCAAAAAGCCGGAAGAUAUUAGUAAAAGUACAGAUGAUUUCCAAAACAGUGAGAAGGCAAAUGCGGAGAGAAUCAUGGAACAGAAACUUGAUGCAUUAGAGAAAUCAUUGGUUGAGUUGAAGAAGGAAAUGAAACGAUUGAAGGAAGUAAUCUCUGACGAAUUAAAGAAGGAAAUGAAACAAUUGAAGGAAGUAAUCUCUGACGAGUUGAAGAAAGAUUUAAAAGAAUUUAAAGAACAGGUGUCCGAUGAGUUUGAAAAAAUAAAAGAGCAGAUGGUCGGUAAGAAAAGGGGGAAGAGUGAAGAAAGCUGGGAAACAGAGAAGAAAAACUGGGAGAGAAUGAAGUCCGCAUUAGAGAAGUAUGACGUGUCAAUGGAUGGUGUUGAGUCUUUUCAAAGGUUUAGAUUUUAUUGUAUAGCUGGCUAUCUUCCACCCUUUGGUGAAGACAGCAAAAAUGGUAGCAGUUGAAGAAGAUUGAAAUGUGUGUUAGGCGAUCUUUGUCAGAAACACUUGGAUGGUCCAUUUCUGUUUUAAAAUUUAGCUGCAAAGAAGCUCUUUAUUAGCUUCUUGUCGCAGCAAGUUACUCUACUUUUUACUUUUAUAAAUAAAUAAAUAAUUCAAUGGAGCAAAUCAAUUCCAUACAUAAA